AAAGGCUCUAUUGCAUAUUUUUAUAUUCAAGCAUCAAAUUGUUAAAUCCUUAUAAAAAAAUUUUGUUCUUGAUUUUUGUAUCUUUAUCAAUAGUAUUGAUAAUCGUUAUUAUUCACAAUUCUGACCGGAUAAAAAAAGUUUUAAAUCAGAAAUUAUGUCGAUGGCUUGUUAAAGUGAUUGUUUCUUCUGUUAAGAAAUCAACAUAAAGAGUUACUUUAAACAAUCAAUAUAUGGAAUUAUAUUUAUCAGUUUUAUGGCUUUCUUACAUCAACUUAAGCUUCUAUUAUGGAAAAACUAUACAUUAAAAAAAAGAACUCCAUUUAUUCUGUGCAUUGAGUUAGUUGUCCCACUUAUACUUUUCCUGAUUCUUGUAACCAUUCGCAUUCACAGGCAACCUAUACAAAGUAAAGGAGAUUCAUGGUAUCCUAAUGCUCUUCCUUCCGCUGGCAUUGUUGCUUUGUUACAAUCAUUAUGCAAAGGUGGCGACAAAAUAGGAAGUAAUGGAUACAAAUACUAUCCUAAUGCCAGCAUCAAUCAGAUACUUUCUGACAUAGUUGAUGUUUCAAAUACACCAGUUCUCAAAGCAUUGAUUGAUUUUAAAGAACUCGAAGAAGAUUUUACUCAACUCAAUUUAAAAAAUUUUAGUAACAAGAUCGAUGAUGUUCGAUUUCAAAAUAUGUUUAACAGUAAAGACUCUCUACAAUCCUUUUUUUUAAAAAACUUGUCACUGCCAAGUAAUAUAGUUGAUGACUUAAUGGAUACUAAAUUAAACAGCUCAAAGAUAUUUACAUUUCUUAAAGACAAUUAUAUGUUAGUUAAUCUUUUUGUCAGCAACUAUACAAAAGUUAAUGACAUUCAAAAUGAGUUUCAAAAUCAAAAUGCUUUUACUAAGAUGGAAGAAAUAAAUAGUUUUUAUGAAUCAAGUUUUUUAUCUGAUGAAAUAAAAUCAUCUGUUUGUUCACCUGAUUUUUUGGAUUGGUUUAGUGAUGAAAAAGUCAGACAAGAUAAUUCAUUACAAAAGUUUUUAUGCAACAUGACCAAAGAACAAGUGUUAGAAUUAUCAAAACAAUUGAAGUUAUCACUCAAUUAUAGUAAGCUUUUCGAAAUGCUGAAUAUCAGUCAACUUUUACAGUCAGAAUAUACAGAGAAAGCUGAAAAGAUUAGAACUGGUCUUUUCAAAAUGAGCAAACUUGAGGAUGCUUUCAAAACACUCUCUAAGCUUGCAAAAGAUAUGAAAUUAAACUUAACAAAUAUUGAGAGGCGAGUCAACAGUUCUCGCUCUCACCAAGCUAAACAAAAUAUGAAUGAUCUAUGGGCAGUUCUGUCACCAUUAAUUUGUGGAACUCCUCCUGAGCCUAGUUCUGAUGAACAUCAUAAUCAUAGAAGUCAUGAUUCAUUUUCAGACUUGCUGAGUGGAUCAGGUGAAUCUACUCGUGCUUUGAAAGUAAUGUUGUAUAUGAUGACAAAUGAUCCAAUGAUACUUUAUUCACCAAAUGGUACUGAUGCUGAUAGAGUAAUUUCCAAGUCUGCAUACAUUCUUAAUACUAUGAAGUCAAGUAAAGACUUAGCAAAUAAAUGGCUUUCAAUGUCAUCUGGAUUUCAGUCUUUUUUAUAUAAAAAUCAGACUCAAAUGUUUUUAAAAGAUUUACUAAAGUUAGUUGACAAUUUUUCGAAUUUGAAUAGGAGCAUUUUUCAAGAGUAUGACGAUAUUUUUAACAUAUCUUCUGAGCUGCAAAAUUAUUUGGUAUCCAACAAUAAAUACAGCCAAUUUAAUUUUUCCAAGGAAGCAUUGAAGCAAGUUAUAAGUUCUUUCAUUGUCUCAAAUCAUCAGACCAAUUUAGUUUUAAAACAAAUGAGAUUAAUUGAUUACAUGGCUAAAGGAUGGGUUGCCAUUUUUGAUCCAAUGAAGUUGGAUCUGUUUAGUGGUUUUCCUAAUGAAACUUUGAUGAUGGAAUACAUUAGUAAUAUUACAUCAAACAAUAAGGCUAGGAAGCCUAUACUUUCAGCUAUUGUUUUUGACAAUAUUAAUCCUGAUGGAAGUUUACCAAAGCAUGUUGUUUACAGAAUAAGAAUGAAUAGUCUUACAUUACCUUCCACUCAAAAAAUUCGCACUCCAUAUUGGGUUCCUGGUCCUCAAUCAAGUCAAUCAAGUUAUUUUCAUUAUGGUUUUGCAUGGCUUCAAGAUCAACUUGAAAGAGCAAUCAUUGAAGUACAAACAAAUCAAAGUGUUGUGGCUCCAGGAUUAUAUGUUGAAGAGAUACCUUAUCCUUGCUACCUUGAUGAUAACUUUAUGUUUGUGCUGCAAUACAUCAUGCCUUUAUGUGUGGUGGUUUCUUUUAUCUACACAGUGGCUAUUCUCACACAAAGUAUUGUUUAUGAGAAAGAGCACCGUUUAAAGGAAGUUAUGAAAAUGAUGGGAUUAAGUAAUACAGUGCAUUGGACUGCUUGGUUCAUAACAAGUGUUACAAUUAUGAUGUGCAUCGUUAUUUUAAUGACAGUUGUAUUAAAGUUUGGUGGUAUUUUGAAAUAUAGUAACACUGCAAUUGUGUUUUUAUUUCUAACACUUGCUGCUCUUGCUACAACUAACUUUUGUUUCCUGAUGAGCAUUUUCUUCUCAAAAGCAAAAAUUGCUGCUGCAUGUGGUGGAAUAAUUUAUUUUGUGACAUAUAUGCCCUAUGUUUUUAUUUCUGUUCAAGAGGGUGGAAGCCAUCCUCAAAAAAUUGAUGCUGGAUACAAAUCGCUGGCUAGUCUGUUCUCUACUACUGCUUUAGGAUUAGGGUCUAGAUAUUUUGCUUUAUUUGAACAAAAUGGUGUGGGAGUUCAAUGGGAUAAUAUUGGUUCCAGUCCAGCUGAAGAUGACACUUUUAAUCUGCUUCAAGUCAUAUCAAUGUUUGUAGUUGAUAUAUUUCUGUAUGCCAUAUUAGCUUGGUAUAUUGAGGCAGUUCAUCCAGGUACUUAUGGAAUUCCACGUCCAUGGUACUUUCCUUUUCAACUAUCCUAUUGGUUUGGGCCAAAUUUUAAAACGGACUCUAGCCUGUUUAAAUGUUUUAAUACUUACAAACGGGUUCACUCAACACUUAACGUAUACCCUAAUACUCCAGCUUUACUAGCAAUGGAGCAAGAGCCGUCUCAUUUAAAGCUUGGUGUUGUCAUUGACAGUUUGUUUAAGACAUAUGGUAGAGGUUUACCUCCAGCUGUAGAUCAUCUCUCAUUAAACCUUUAUGAGGGGCAAAUUACAUCUUUUCUUGGUCAUAAUGGUGCUGGGAAAACAACAACAAUGUCUUUGCUUACAGGAUUGUUCCCUCCAACUUCUGGAACAGCUUUGAUAUAUGGAAAUGAUAUUCACACUGAUAUGGAUAAAAUUAGAACAAGCUUAGGAAUGUGUCCUCAACACAAUGUGUUAUAUGACAAGCUGACAGUUGAAGAACAUUUAUGGUUUUAUGCUCGUUUGAAGGGUAUGCAUGAGGAAGAUGUUCAAGAAGAAACAAAUCAAAUUCUGAAAGACAUAAGCAUGCCUGAAAAACGGAAUAGUAAAGUUAAUACUUUAUCAGGUGGGAUGAAGCGAAAACUUUCAGUUGCUAUAGCUUUUGUUGGUGGUUCAAGAACAGUAAUUUUAGAUGAACCAACUGCAGGAGUUGAUCCUUAUGCUCGCAGGGCUAUUUGGGAACUACUUGAAAAAUAUAAAAACGAUAGGACGAUCUUAUUAUCAACUCAUUUUAUGGAUGAAGCUGACAUUCUUGGUGAUCGUAUUGCAAUUAUUUCUCAUGGAAAAUUACGCUGUUGUGGUUCUUCAUUAUUUUUAAAAACCAAGUUUGGUGACGGUUAUCACUUGACUCUAGUAAAGGAAGAAAAAAAAUCAUCAAUACUUUUAGAUGAGUGUGAUGUUCUAGUUAACAACAAUGUCACUGAGUUAACAUCAUUCAUCAAAAAAAGUAUUCCAACUGCUCAGCUUCUUUGUGAGACACCAUAUGAAAUAUCCUACAUAUUACCUGACAAAGGGAAAGACAAAAAAGGAAAACUUAGAAAUCUUAUUGAACGUUUAGAAGAUAACAAGGAAUUGUUAGGAUGUUCUAGUUUUGGUCUACAUGACACUACACUUGAAGAGGUAUUUUUAAAAGUUACAGAAGCAAAUAUUCAAGGGGAACAAGAUAAUGAGCUUACAACAAAUGUUAAUUCUUAUCAUCCAAGCUCUCCAACAUCUACAUCUUCAAGAGAUUUUAUGCUAAUAGAAAAACAAGGAUCAGAAGUUGCUGAAUUGCCUUUACUUCAAAAUCAUGCACAAAGUGUAAUUUGUAGUCCUCCAAGAUCUAAACACAUUCGUUCGCUUUCCUCAGAUUCAAGUAGCAUUAGCUCACCUAAACUUGUUUCAAGUUGUGCUCAUCGGCGUACACCUUCAGGCAAUUAUUGUGGUCAUCGGAGAGCUAUUUCAAAUGAUCUUUCUUUUGCUUUGCAUUCUGGCAAUAUUCAAGAUCCUAGAGCUAUACUACAGAAAGUUAGACAAAAAGAAUGUAAUCGUUUAACAAAAAAGACUGAAUUAUGGAAACACCAUGCAUCUGGUUCGAGGGUUGUCGGCAAAAGUUUUCAUGUGUGGCAACAAUUUUAUGCAUUGUUAUUAAAACGACUUCACCAUACCCGAAGAAAUAUUCAAGGGUUACUAACACAUAUUCUGCUACCCGGAUUAUUUGUUUCAAUAGCCAUGUCUGUUGCAUUGGCUCAACCUAAAGGAGAUUCUUACCCUCCUCUUGUGCUUUCAUCUGCUAUGUUUCACCCACCUCCAUUUUUUAUCCCAUUUACAAACAAUAAAAACGGUGAUUUAGCAUUGUCCUUCAAGUUAGAAAAUACACUCAAACUUCCUUCUGGUUUUGGUGCUGAUUGUGUUCUAAAUGGCGAAGUAGUUCCUCAUUCUAUGAGCAUAAAGUAUUUGCAAAAAAAUGUAAAAAAGUAUUUUGAUAAAUAUUGUUUGGAUAAAAUUUCACCAAAUUUUCAAAAUAUUAAAAAACCAUAUUACCCAACGUAUGGAAAGCCUGCAUGUCGUUGUAAAAUACCAGAAUGGAUUUUUGAAUGUGACAAAGGAAUUGAAGGAAAACCCGAAACAUUUACAAGUGUUGCCCAAGAUACAUUUUUAAAUAUUACUAAUCAAGAUUUUAAAACUUACUUGCUAAAUACCAAUUAUUUGUUCAAGCGAAGAAGAUAUGGAGCAUUAGGGUUUGGUGAUUUACAAAGCACCAUCACAAAAAAGUUAGAAGAGUCUGAAUACACUGAUAUUCAAAAGUUGUAUGUUAGGCAGACUGCACGUGUUUGGUUUAGUAAUAAAGGCUUUCAUGCUAUGCCAGCUUUUAUUAAUGCCAUGAAUAAUGCUAUACUUCGUGCAUAUGUUACACCAAAAAUGGGCAACCCAGCUGCUUACGGUAUAACAGCAAUUACACAUCCACUAAAUACAACUCAAAAUGUUCUUAACUUGGAUUCCAUUAAGCAAGGCACUGAUGCUAUUAUUGCUCUUUUUGUAAUAAUUGCAAUGUCUUUUGUACCUGCAAGUUUUGUUGUGUUUCUUGUCAUGGAGCGAACAACUCAGAGUAAACAUAUUCAGUAUGUCAGUGGGCUCCACCCAUUAUUCUAUUGGUUGUCAAACUACUUGUGGGAUAUAUUAACAUUUUUAAUACCUGCCGGUGCCUGCAUGAUAAUAUUUUAUAUAUUCAAUGUACCAGCAUAUGCCUCAAGAACAAAUUUUCCAGCUGUUUGUGCACUGUUCAUGUGUUAUGGCUGGUCUAUUACACCGAUGAUGUAUCCUGCAUCAUUUCUCUUUCGUGAAGCAAGUACUGCAUAUGUGGUAUUAAUUGUUGUAAAUUUGUUUGUUGGCAUUACAUGCUUAGUAACAACAUCAAUAUUACAAUUGUUUCCUAAUGACCACCAACUGGCAUUUGUUCUUGAGGUUGUCAAAGUGAUAUUUUUGGUAUUUCCAAAUUAUUGCUUGGGACGUGGUUUAAUGGAUCUUGCCUACAAUGAACUUAUGAAUAUGGUAAAUGCACAAAUAGGACAGUUUGAAAAGAUUCAUUCUCCAUUCGAAUGGCAAAUAGUGACUCGAAGUUUAGUUUAUAUGUUCUCAGAAGGCGUUAUUUUUUUUAUUUUUACUCUCUUUAUAGAGUAUAAAUGCAUGAAAAGAAGAGCUUCAAAUUCAAAAGAUGGUUCGUCGCAAAAAUUAGAUCAAGAUGUUGCUUCUGAAAAGUAUCGUGUUUUAAGUGGAGGAGCUGAUAAUGAUCUUCUACGAGUUGAAAAUUUAGCCAAGAUUUACAAUUCAAAUCAAGGCAAACUUUUGGCAGUAAAUAAUCUAUAUUUUGGUGUUGCUAAAGGAGAGUGUUUUGGUUUACUUGGUGUAAAUGGAGCUGGUAAAAGCACUACUUUUAAAAUGCUUACUGGAGAUACAAGUAUAACUUCUGGUGAUGCCUUUGUUGAAAAUUACAGUGUUGUUCGCAACCUACUCAAUGUUCAUUCAAAAAUUGGUUACUGUCCACAGUUUGAUGCAUUGUUUGAUCAUCUAACUGCAGAAGAACAUUUGUAUUUUUAUGCAAGACUUAAAGGAAUACCAGAGCUUGAAAUAAAAAAUGUUUGUGAUUGGCUUAUUAAAAAAAUGGCUUUGUCUCGUUUUGCAAAUCAACGCUCAAAAAUAUACAGCGGUGGAAAUAAAAGAAAAUUAUCAACUGCCAUCGCACUUAUAGGCAACCCAUCACUAGUUUUCAUGGAUGAGCCAACAACUGGAAUGGAUCCUGGUGCAAGGCGAUUUUUAUGGAACAUUAUCCUAAGCAUUAUAGAAGAAGGGACUCGCUCUGUUGUUCUCACUUCACAUAGCAUGGAAGAAUGUGAAGCACUGUGCACCCGACUUGCUAUAAUGGUAAAUGGGCAAUUUCAAUGCAUCGGCAGUACUCAGCAUAUAAAAAAUAGAUUUGGAGAUGGUUACAUCAUUGUUAUCAGAGUAAGAGGCUCUCCAUCAAACAUGCUUCCUGUCAAAAAGUUUAUGGAAGAAAAUUUUUUCAAUUGUGUGAUGAAGGAAACUCAUCAUAAUGUUGCACAAUACCAAGUUCCUUCAUCAAGUAAUGUCUCUCUUUCCAAUAUUUUCAAAAAUCUGGAAGAUGUAUGCGAACAACUUCUUAUAGAAGAUUAUUCAGUCAGUCAAACAUCGCUAGACAAUGUUUUUGUCAGUUUCGCUAAGUAUCAGAAAGAUGCAAUUACUCAAGUAAAUGGAUCACCUUUAAAAGCGCCUAAAUCCGCUUUAAAAACAAUAAAAUCUAACUGGCGUAAAGCAAAAGUUGCGCUCGGAAGAAGUCGCUCCGCAAAAUUUGAAAGAUUUGUUCAAUUGCCGAUGGAAGAAGAACUCGGAAAUAUUGGAGAAAAUGAAGAUGAAAUAAUAUUAUCUACAGCUGAUGAUGUAGCUCUUCUUUCAAAUUCUGGCCGUCUAUCAUUUGAGGUGGCAUGAUUUUUCUAACGACCGUCAAUCUUUAAUAUGACAUGAUUUUUGUAGAUAAAGACGUGUGACGUCAACGAUUCGGAUUUAGAAUUCAAUCGUCAUAUCUUUUAUUUAAUUUUUGAAAAAAAAAAAUUUCUAAUUUAGUUUUAUAAAGUUCUAAUAUGUAAAUUUUUUCUGGAUUUUAAUGUUUCUUAAUUUUUUAUGUAAAAAAGGAGAGGGGGGCAUUGUUUUCAUAAAAUAACUUGAUGUAUGUAUGCAGUUUGAUAUAACAAGUCAUAGAUUUUAAAUCGUAUAUUUAACUUGUGUAAUUUAUGAAAAUUAUUUAAAGAAAAACCAAAAGAAUUUUAUGUCAAUUUGA